AUGAUACUAAAUAAUCCUUCACUUCUUAUGUAUAUAUCAUUAUUAUUUUUAUCAGCUGUUAAUUCAUUAAGUUUCAGAAUAUCGAACUAUCGUUUAUCAUGGGCGAAUUGUGGACCUGUUAGCGAUCCAGCUCAAUUGAAAAGUCUAACUAUUAAUCCCGAUCCAAUUAGAGUACCAGGAAACAUCACCGUUACUGGCUCAGUUGGUAUAGCUUCUCAAAUUCCAACAGAUGUUCAUGCAUCAGUUUAUCUACAACGUAAAGUGGGACCAUUUUUUGUGAAAGUCCCUUGUGUUGAAAAUUUUGGUUCAUGCACCUAUGAUAAUGUUUGCGAUUUAUGGGCUACAUACUGUCCAAAGUAUGCUUCGAAAUAUGGUUUACCAUGUGAAUGUCCAAUUCCAGCGAAUACAUAUUCUGUAUCAAAUGCAGAUGUACUUAUAGAUAAACAUGUACCACCAGAAUUAUUAGGUGAAUAUCGGGCAACAGUUGAUAUUACUUCAAGUGAAGGCCAUCUGGCCUGUGUUGAUAUUGAUUUGACAAUCAAACGUUAA